AUGUGGAUGACUGAAGGCAUUGUGUCAUCAUCAUCAGUACCACCAGCACAAGUAGGAGAAAUGAAGGUAGAAGAGACAAUGUUGGAUGCUGGAACGAGUUAUUUAAGUGAGCUAGCACAGAGAUGCAUGGUUCAAGUCCAAUUAACGAGAUUCAGUAGAAGGCUUAAACUCUGUCACCUACACGAUCUCAUGAGGGAAUUAUGCUUGUUGAAAGCCCAAGAGGAGAAUUUUCUCAAGGUUGUUCGCGUUGAAGCCUUUGAUAAUCAACAGCUCAAGUGGGAGGACUCUGCCUCUUCAUCUUCGUCGUCACCGUUGACUAAAAUUCGUAGGCUUGCUGUGUACUAUUUGGGUGAUCAUGAUGCGAAUAAUACAAGGAAAGAAGAUAUUAAUCUCGAAGAAUUAACUAAUCACCACCAUCUGCGGUCAUGCCAAUUUUACUUCUUUGGAAAGAAAUUGAAAAGUUUUGGUUGGGAACAGAUAAGAUCACUUCUCAAGGGCUUCAAGUUGAUUAGAAUUCUAGAUGUCGAAAAAGUGGAAGCUGGCAUAGGAGAGAAAAUGUUGCCAAGAGAUAUAGGAAACCUGUUUCACUUGAGAUAUUUAAAUAUAAACGAGUCUCGUAUUAAAAGUGUGCCUUCUUCUAGAGGCAAUUUGAGAUUCCUCCAAACCCUAGAUCUAAGGACAUAUUUCGAUCUAGUAGAAAUACCCAAUGUCCUGUGGAGGUUCGAACAAUUGAGACAUCUAUAUCUUCCUCUUGAAAUCAAGCAGACUAGUAAAAUGAAAGUUUUUUCGAAAACCACCAAAGACUUGGCAGUGAUCCUUAAAUCUCCAAUCCUCCUCAACAAUUUGAACAGCAUUCUUCUACCAUCUUUAUCCUUCAGGAUCGGGAUUAUAGGAGAUUUCCUAACGGAAGAAGAACAAAUCCUUUUAAGGCAACUUUUAGGAUGCCACCAUCUUCACAAAUUGUUUUUACGUGGGUCCCUGAAUCUAUUUAAUAAAUUCCCAGACCAAUUCCCUUCAAAUCUCACCGAUUUAACCUUGUGGGAUACUAAACUAGAGGAAGACCCAAUGCCAACAUUGGAGAAGUUUCCCAACUUAUGGACUCUCAUCUUACGUAAGAAUUCAUACACUGGGAAAGAGAUAGUUUGUUCUUCUGCCCCACCACCACCAAUAAAAACAGCACCAUCCAGCAGUAGUAGUGGAGGAGGAGGAGGAGGGGGCUAUGGCGGCUGUGAUGGUGGAGGUUUUCCAAAACUCAUAUCUUUACACCUCUGGAGUAUUGAAAUCUUGGAGGAGUGGAGGGUGGAACAAGGAGCCAUGCCCUGUCUCUUCCAUUUACAAAUUAUUGGAUGCAAAAAAUUGACGGAGAUUCCGGACGGAUUGAGGUUCAUUACCACCCUCCAUGAAUUGGAUAUCAAAUACGUAGCUGAAGCACUCAUAGACAGGGUUAGAGAAGGAGUGAACUUCUACAAAGUCAAGCACGUGCCUUCCAUCAUAUUAGUAGAAUAA